AUGUGUGAAGACGAGAAUGACAAUGAUCAAUGUACAUUAUAUAUAGCAAUACUUCAACCAACUCUUGCUAAAAUAUUAGAAAAAUUAGAAUUAACCACAACCACCACAUCACCAGCGUCUACUACUGGAACAGCUACACAUCAGAAUCACAUGGAUCUUGAUAAUUUUGCCACACAAGAAGAUACUGAUCAAAUUGAUUUGGAUGACAACGAAGAUGGUAAGAGUAUAGAGAUUGAAGAACCACAAGUGAUUAACAAUAAUGGUGAUAGAGAAGCCUUUUACGAGGUAAUGAACCAAAAUCUUAGCACAACUAAGCGUUUAGCAGCCACAACCACUGAUACGAGUAGUGUAGAGAAAGCUCUUUACUCAUUUCAACCGAAACAUAAAACAACUCAGGAAAAACAACAAAUAAAAUUGAGACAGAGUGCGGCCACAACAGGCACAAAUGGCUCACAAACAUCAGUUGCAAAGCGCCGUAGAACUCAUCCCACUCGACAAUGA